CUGUCGCUGGGUUUACACCCUAAAGUUUCUUACAGAUGGUACUAUUGAUCGUCACAAGGCUAGGCUUUUGGCAAAGGGUUUUACUCAGAGUACUCUUAGCCUCUUUAUCAGUUGGAUGUGAAGAAUUUAUUUCUUCAUGGUGAUCUGGAUGAAAUUAUUUAUAUGGAUACAGCAAUGGGCUUUUCUUGGUGAGGGGGAGUAUGCUGGAAAGAUUUGUCGACUACAACCGGAAAUUGGUGCUGUUAUUCUGGAGGAAAGUGGAAAACCUGAAGACCGAGUUGAAACAGCCUUGAAGUGUCUUCCACAUUAUGAUCCUGCUGGCAGUUGGAGUGUUGAUUCCACUGCAUCAUUCCGCUAUUGGAAGAUUCGUGAUUAUGCAUAUGCUUACAGGUCCAAGCUUGCAACCCCCUCUAUUGUUGCAGAGCAAUUCAUCUCAGCUAUGGAGGGGUUCGCUAACAAGAAGCCCCCGACACCAUUAUUGAUUUCGUUUGAUGCAGAGGAUGUAAGAAAGCAAGCUGCAGCUUCCACACAAAGGUUUGAGCAAGGAAAUCCAUUAUCAACAUUGGAUGGGAUUUUCAUGGCUAUCAAGGAUGAUAUAGAUUGCUACCAUCAUCCAUCAAAGGGUGCAACAACAUGGAUGCAUGAGGUUCGCCCUGUUGAGAAGGACGCAGUUUGUGUCUCAAGAUUACGCAGCUGUGGUGUAAUUCUUGUUGGAAAAGCAAAUAUGCAUGAAUUGGGCCUCGGAACGACUGGAAAUAAUCCUAAUCAUGGGACAACAAGAAACCCACAUGCUCCAGAAAGGUAUACAGGAGGAUCUUCCUCAGGCCCAGCCGCAAUUGUGGCUUCUGGACUUUGUCCAGCUGCUUUAGGAACAGAUGGUGGAGGUUCUGUUCGUAUUCCUUCUUCUCUUUGCGGGGUCGUGGGCUUGAAAACAACAUAUGGACGGACAGACAUGAGAGGGUCAAUAUAUGCAGGGACUGUGGAGAUUAUUGGACCAAUCGCAUCAACAGUGGAGGAUGUCAUGCUUGUGUAUGCAGCAAUCUUAGGUUCCUCCCCUGCUGAUAGUAUCUGUUUGAAACCGUCUCUCCCCUAUGUGCCAGAUUUAUCUUCACAUGAGUGUUCACAUGUUCUGGGAUUGCUAAGAUUAGGGAAGUAUACACAGUGGUUCAAUGAUGUAUUCUCAACUGAGAUCUCUGCUACGUGCGAGAAUGUUCUUAAUCGGCUAUCGGAGACACAUGGAUGUAAGAUGGUAGAGAUUGUAGUACCUGAGCUUCAAGAGAUGCGCAUGGCUCAUGUUGUUUCCAUUGGUUCUGAAUCAACAAGUUCAUUAACGCCUGAUUGUGAGGAUGGGAAAGGGGUGAAACUUACAUUGGAUACUCGCACUAAUCUGGCUCUUUUUCGGUCAUUCACAGCUUCGGACUACAUUGCUGCCCAACGCCUAAGGCGAAGGCUAAUGUACUACCACAUGGAGAUUUUCAAGAAGGUGGAUGUCAUAGUGACGCCCACAACCGGCAUGACAGCACCUGUAAUACCACCUGAAGCCCUUAAAUUUGGGGAGACAGAUUUGCAGGUUACGGGUAAUCUUAUGCGAUUCGUUAUACCAGCAAAUCUUCUUGGCCUUCCAGCUAUUUCUGUCCCUGUUGGUUAUGAUAAGCAAGGACUUCCUAUAGGUUUGCAAAUAAUAGGCCGUCCAUGGUGUGAAGCUUCAAUUUUGCGUUUGGCUGCUGCAGUAGAGGGACUUUGUGAUAAGCAUAAGAAGAGGCCUGUAUCAUUUUAUGACAUCUUAAAAGGGAACUAGCAAAGCAGGCUUUCACUUUGUGCUGCCCAUGGUUUAUUUGGUUGCAUGAUCUCUUGUCAAGAGUUUCAAAACUAUCAAAAGAUCAUAUCCAAUGUACAAAACUUUCGUUUGUAUCGACGUCAGGGAAAAGUGCUCUUGUUAUAGGCUUAAAGUUUAUGUUUGAGCAAUACUGUAUGAUGCUGUGAUCUGAAACAAAUGGCUUUACAAUUCCUUAC